AUGUGGCCGGAAAAGCCGAUAAGCUUAACAGAAGGUGGUGACUCUAGUGUAGACCAGAAUGCAGGUGUGUUUACCAGCGAGGUGACAACGGAAGGUAGCGAAUGGCUCAAAGAACUGAGAGAGGAUGACGAUUAUAGGGAGAACAGUAUCAACGUAGGUAACGAUUACAAAGACGUGAAACUGCCCAGAUGCUCCCGGAGAUUUCGUGUGGGCGACUUCUUUAUAGAUGAGGGAGAAUUGAAGUUAGUUCUGGAAAAUUCCAUAGUAAAAGUGGUGCCUAAUCUACCACUAGAAACAAAAGCAAGAAGAGUUAAACGUGAACAUGCGUAUGUGAACCAUGUUUCUUGCAGGGCCACGCUCGAUGGUGAUGGAAACAACGAGGCGCUUGGAACCUUUUUCCGAUGCCCUGGCAGUCUAGCACGUGUUAUUUCUAUUUUCGAGAGUGAACGUAACGAUGAUCGCAGACGAUACUUGAUGACUGAUGCUAAGUAUUCAUUCAUGACAAUCUGGGUGCCCAGAAAGCGUUCAUAUUUUCCAAACAUUGUCGUGAUCACCUUGACGUUGCACGAUGGGUCCCCUCUGAGUUCGCCCCACGAUGGCGGUACUGAAAUUCCCAUCACCGAGCUGAAUGAGCUGAAUAGCGAGGGAGUGAGGUUCGUGAAGAACCACUCGUGGAAGGACGGCGUGGCGACGGCUCGGAGGCAGCAAAGAACGCUCCUGCUGCUUCCGGAUGGCUUCAAGGAUGUGAGCGACGCUUUCAAGCCACAGCGGAAUGUCGACAGGAGGGUGUACUGGGAACUAUCGGAAGUCCCCAACUCGCUGGACACCGCGGAAGCAAGUAUAUGCAUCGUCGUGCGCCCAACAACAGCUGCUACUCCUUCUAAGAAAGAUUGGUGCCGAGUAGCCUCAGCGUUCGCCACAGCCGCACGUAACGGAGUAAAGGUGGUUGGCUCUGGCACCACCAAGAGGAGAUUUAGCUUAUGCGCGGAAUCGCAUGGAGCUGAAUCAAGCCGUCGACCUCGUCAAGAAAUCAGUAUCGCUCAUGUCGCGCAACAUCAUUAG